GGUGAUUUGUUCUUUUUUAAUAAUUUUCAGGAGAAAAAGUGCUGAAGAGGAAAUGGCAGAAGAGGGACAAGUGAUCGGUUGUCACACCGUUGAGGCUUGGAACGAGCAGCUUCAAAAGGGAAACGAAUCCAAGAAACUGGUGGUGGUUGAUUUCACUGCUUCAUGGUGUGGACCAUGCCGUCUUAUUUCCCCUAUCUUGGCAGAGCUGGCCAAGAAGCUGCCUAAUGUCAUUUUUCUCAAGGUGGAUGUGGAUGAACUGAAGACUGUUGCAACAGAGUGGGCAGUGGAGGCUAUGCCAACCUUAAUUUUCCUGAAAGAAGGCAAGACAGUGGACAAGAUUGUGGGUGCAAAGAAAGAGGAGCUGCAGCAGAAGAUCACACUGCAUGCUGCUGCAUAAAAUGUUAAUUUCCUUAGUGUUUGAGGAUAUUAUAGAACUGCAUUGGAGUACUCUAUAGAACUUGGGCUUUCUAUGACUGAUGUAGGAAUGGAUAUUAUAUGGUUCUUAGUUA